AUGUACUCCAGCUUCUACGGAGGCUGGUGUCCGCUUGCAGGCGAAUGGCUGACCGAUUCUGUGUGGGCGGUCUUUGGUGGGACUCUGGGCCAGGAGCCUCGAGAUGAGGAGCAACUUAGGCGCAUGUCCGUCAAGUUGUGUAAAAACAGCGCGGUUCCCUUGGGAGAUGAUAGGAACAAAGAUGCGGAAGAGUGGUUUCAAGAGUUUUCCGGGCCGAAUCUCAGAUGGGAAUCUCUCGGGAUACUCUUUGUUUUCUGGGCCUAUGGUGCUCGCCGACUUCCUGACAAGUCUAUCCUGCCAAAGGACUGCAUCGACCUGCAGAACAAUCACGGGAGCUGUCUUGUCAGCCGGUACAAGACGGCUGCCUGGAAGUGUAUUGAGCUUAGCCGUGACGCUUCCAACAGCAAUGCGCUGUUGGCGUUUGUUGUCUUUGGCCACUGCUUGCUGGAGUCGACCGUGUCGGGAGAUGCAGGCAUGCAAUAUUGGAGGACGCACGGCGAUCUCAUGGCAUUGACGACUUACUUGGGCCUCCACGUCUCCCCCAACGCCGAUCCCAUGGACUGGUCCGUAACGACCCAAAUCAAGCGCCGGCUGUUCGCUGCCAUCUUUGCACACGACAAGGUGACAUCCACAUUUACGGGAAGGCCCAUGUUCCUCGGCAGGAAUUUCACAUCGACGCCGCUGCCGCUCGAUAUGAGCGAUGAAUUGUUGCUGUCAAAUCCGCCACUGACUAGGCUGGGAGACUGUCGCGUUGAUGAGAAUGGAUGGAACAUUGAUGGAAAGAUUUACACGACGACAACUCUCCGCGCAAGGGGCAUGCUGUCGUAUAUAAGAGAUGAGAUUCUGGAGAUUUCUCUGCAGGGCAUGGAUUUUGGUGGCAAGACGGCACUCGUCAACCUCAAACGACGAGAAAUGCAAAUCGUCGCCGGCUUCCCGCCUUGUCUAAUCUACCAACCCGAAGACAUCAACAAUCCAGAAAUCCCCGGAAGAGAACUCUACGGCAAACUCCUCGUCUGGCUAGAACACCUCCAAAACCUCUUCUUCAUCGAGCGCCUCCUCAGCAAAGAAGACGGCGCAUGCGAAGGAAACGAAACGCGGCUGUUCGAAAUCAGCAUUGAAAUGGUGACGCUCGCGCAUCUCUUCUGGACGCAUCAGAACCGGCUCAAAACGGCCCAAGACUGCGUUGAAUGGAACGUUGUUUCGUACGCCGCUCCAGCAGGCGGUGUUCUCUGCAUGGAGCUAUUGAAAGGCACAACGCGCGGCACCAUGAGUCCAGUCGCUACAAAGGCCGUCAUUGUCGAGAAGCUGGGAAUGCUGGCUUCGUUCCUGGACUGGGUUGGGCCUACGUCGCCAAACGCGGAUAUUUGCUAUAGAGUGAAGAAGGUCGUGAGGCGGGUGCUGGAGCAGGCAUUGGAGGCGCCUGUGCAGACGAAUAUGUUGGACGAGGGAGGGCAUUGGAACAUGGACGUUUCGGCUGAUUUCAGCACGUUUUUCAAUUUUGAUUUGUUGGAUACGUUUGACUGGUUGAGGCCAGAGGGAGCAUGA